GUUUGCUCCACUGGGCAGGUGUUUGCCCAUUUAAUAGUACAAUUGAAGAGGUACAUAUUGGAAUCAACUUUCGAGCGUAGCGCACUUUUCGAAUGCCUCCUAAAUUUGAGCCUUUAGGCCAUCUUUUCGCGUCUUACGCGAGUUUGUUUCUAGACUUUCCUCGCCGGCCGUGUCACCCCUGACCCAUGCUUCAGCUGCCUCUACCGCCUAAAUUGUGAAAGGGGAACUUCUCGUAGCACGACUGUCACACUCAAGUCUAAAAGUCGUUUUCCGUAUCAGAUUAAUCUGAGCUCAUCAACAUCCAAGCAUUUUGCAGUUACGGGACUGGCCACAUUUUCUGGCCCUCUGGCUUUGACUGCGUGGUUCUCAAAGUCGUUGUUGACCCGGUCUCUAGUGAAUCUCCCUUCGUUGUUGAUUUCUCCUUUCCAUGCCACAGAGGAGCGAGGAUAUCUUUCACUUCAGCAGAAUAUGUCGUCAAGUCUCUUGUACAAACGCGUCUUUCCAGUUGUCUCUGCAAGACUCUGCUGUCACACAUUUCUUAGUCCAGCAAGCUGAAAAGUGCCUUUUAGCAGCGUCCGUGCCAGCUGAGAUACGAAAUCCUGAGAGAGUUUCUGUUGAGCAGAAUCCUCGCCUGUCUUUUCCCGUUGCAACUCUAGAAGGUCAAGACGGCUGUGUCGCUGGCUCCAAUUGGCUGAAUCCCCCAUAAAGACAGUACCUUACCGUAACGUUCUCAAUCUGUAUUCCAGCUUCCCUUUUCGGCAGGAAACGCCGUGGCGCCCCUCUUCUUCCAACGCAAAUUUGCUGGAAGUUUUCCGCAGCUGUUGUUAAAUGCCGAAAGGCCUCUACAAGUAGCUCCGCGAAGUUGUGGAUAUUCGAGCGAGAGGGUGCAUCUUCCAGUAUACUUCCGCCUUCCUCUCCUGCAUCGACAGCAUCCUGUUUCCGCCGUCACAUUUUGGAUUCUGUGUUUGUCGCUGUGUGCGUAACGUUUGUCCUUCUGCUUGCAAAGCGACGCUUGCCUUGUUCUAGCCAAGAAUUUUCUUCCUUUCCCGCGACACAGUCAAGAGGCAAUAUGGCAAACGCACGAGAAGUGGCCGAGUGCCUCAUGCUCACAAUUGCGGCUCUAGGAGCGCUGUCCUCACUCAGCAGGCCCGACUGCAAUUUCCCUCUCUUCGUUUAUCUGUGGUGGUCAUUUUUUUCUGUUCCGGAAGAAAGGAAGACGCAACAGCGCUUCAUGGUCGCGUUCAUCUUUCUCUCGAUUGUCCAAGACAUUCUCUACGUGCUCUACUGGCCGAUUCGCUGGUUUGCUCAUGACUGGCUCGCUUUGUCUAGCGACACAGAAGGUCUUCACGUUCUUGUCACUUUCUUCACGCUCCUUGAAGUCUGCCUGAAGCUGCUUCUUUUGGCGCUUCUUCUGAUUCCUGGGGCAGGGGUAAACACCCAAGAAGCCGUGAAGAACUGGUUGCAGCGGAUCGGCCACCAGGAGCCACGGCGAGAGUCGCAGACGCCCCUGUUGGUGACAGGACAGGCAGCCGCCGCCGCUGUUCCUGGUUCGACGGUUUCUAUCCCCACUCAAAACUUUGCUGCAGUCACGUCCCGGCCGUCUUUCUCUUCCGAAGUCGUCUAUUCAUCGUAGGCAAGAAGCGUUCCUCUGAGUUGCACAGUCGCGGCGUGGAUCCGUGCUGACACAAGUUCCGUUAUUGACAGGUUUGAAGGAGGUCUUUCGCAGUUUCGUGAGUGGCAGUCCCCUCAGAGGAAGAAAGACCCUCCAGUGGAGGGAAACAGAAGCCAUUGGGAAACGUACUGGUUGCGUGAUUAAGACAAGUGGGCGUGCGGGCUGGCAUACUGUUAGAAUCGUAGUACGCCGAAAGGUUUCUUGAUGUUGCAGCCGACAGUGUCGCCCGAGCAAGUGUAUAGACAUCCGAGCAGCUUGCUCGGUGGCACUGCUCGAGGAACUCGCUAUUUCUAAUAACAGGCACACUAUGAGUGUGGAGGGGUAAGGGGAUGAAAAACCAGUGUAUCUCCGACGGACCCAAACACCAGUAUAUGAAAUACUGUGACGUCUGUCAAAAUGUAAAUGUCAUGGGCCGAGAGAGAUGCCGGGAUUUGACCAUGCUUUCAGACGAAGCCGUUAACAAGUCCCAUUCUUGCGUGGCCGGCAGUGUGUAUCCACUGGCGAAUCUUCCGCGGUCGGCUUUUCGGAAGUGAACUGGGGUAUCGAUUAGAAACUCACAAACAAGGUCAAGAAGUAGAAUGAGGAAAGAACUCUUCCAGACUAGUCGGCCUCAUGGAGGCCACAUACAAUUCCAGUCAGACAGAGACCGGCGGCAACGCUGGGCUCUUCGAAUUUGAAAAUAUCGGAAAACACUUUUUCUAGCCUGUAACACACUCAUCGUUCUACACGCACAGUCAUGGAAGCAUGCAACAGGGUUUGCACGUAUCCAGUGAGGCCUGGGAGAAGUUAUGCGCGAUUUCACACAAUGUACAUCCCUUA